GCUCUCAAAACUACCCUCGUCCUCCUCCUCUCUUCGCGGCUUAAACCCUAGAAAUCUUUAUUUCAUUCUUCGCCGUCUAAACCCUAGAAAUCUCUGUAAAAAUGACAGAGAAACAAUCGAAAUCGAAGAUGACGAAGAGCAGAAACCCCAGCAAUCUCCCCUCAAAAUCUCCCGCUAACAAGAAAUCUAAGAAAAAUCCCAAGAGAGAGGACACCAAACUCAGCAAGAAGAAGCAGAGGAAGUCAGGACCUCGCUUGCCUUCGGUCCUCCUCCAAGAGCUCGACCGCCUGAACCCUAACCCUAGAUCCUCCGAUUCCGAAUCAAAUGACGAAGCUGAGGCGAAGGUCGCCGGCGAUCUUUACGAGUAUGAGGAGGAGAUGGCGCAGGAGGAGACGAAGAAGAAUCGGCGAUACGAUCCCGUUGAGAAUUACGAGUAUGAGCUCCCCGAAGACUUCAAGGAUGAGGAUGUGCCUUCAGAUGAUGACGAGGAUAUACCAUCGGAUCAAUCGGAUAACGAUGAUGAAGAAGGAGAUAAACAUUUGAGGAUGCUUGAAGGGAUCACGGGGAUGCCAAGCCAAGCUUUUGACGGAAAAGAGAAAAGAGAAGUGGUUUUGUCGGAUUUGCAAGGGGAUUUUAGUGAUGGGAAACUCAGAAUUAAUGAUCUUUUGGACCCUCUUCAUGGGAAAUCGGGAUAUGGUAAGCUUAGAAAGAGAUUGCAUCAGUUGGAGAGUAAGCCGAUGACAGUUCAGGCCCCUUUGCCAAAGGUUGAGAGGGAGAAGUUAGAGAGAAAAGUGGCCUAUGAGCACUCGAAGAAGGACAUCACUAAGUGGGAGCCAUUGGUUAAGAGGAACAGGGAGGCUCCUACUCUUUAUUUUCAGGAGGACGUUGAUGUGGGAGUUCCUACCGUGGGUGCAAUUGCUUCUGAGUUUGAACCGAGGACUGAGUUUGAGAAGAAGAUGGCUGCGUUGGUUCGGAACCCAGAUGUUGCAGAAGCUCACUUGAAAGACGGUGCUAAACUUCUGGAGCUUAACAAGUUUUCUACUGAGGAUGUUCGAGAACGUCAGAAUCGACUUGCAAAAAUGCGCAGUCUUCUUUUCCGUCAUGAAAUGAAGUCAAAACAUAUUAAAAAGAUUAAGUCCAAGACGUAUCAUCGUAUUCUUAAAAAAGAAAAACUGAAAGCAGCAGCCGCUGGAGUGGAAAUGGAUCCUGAAUCUGCCAAAGAACUUGCUAUCAAACAAGAAUUCAAAAGGGCACAGGAACGCAUGACCCUGAAACACAAAAACACCUCACAGUGGGCAAAACGUAAAAUCAAGCGUGGAUUGCAAGCACAAGAUGAAGGCACCCGAGCUGCCAUAACCGAACAACUUCAGCAACAUGUGCUUCUGACUAGGAAAAUGAAUUCCAUGAAAGACAGUAGUAGCAGUGAUGAAAGUAGUGAUGAUGAUGUGGAUGACGAUGACGCUGAGCUUUCACCUGGUGAAGAGAACGAUAAAGCUAAAAAGAUCAUAAAUAGAGCAAAGGAGAAGACAAUUAAGGUUCUUGAGGAAGAAGACGAGAAGCCAAAAUCUGGACUUCUUGCGUUACCUUUCAUGGAGCGUAGUUUAAAAAAGCAAAAUGAGGCAGCUAAGGAAGAAGCUCGGCUUGCUCUUCAAGAAUAUGAUUCAUCAUUGGGGCAUCUUGAAAAUGAUGACAAGGAAUGCUCUAAAUCGAAGAAGCUAAGUGGUAGAAAGGUAUUUGGAGCAGUUAAGAACCAGCCAGAGCAACCUAGUAAAAGGAUCGAGCCAGAGAAUAUGAGAAAUAGUGAUAGUGAAGAUGAUUUUGAGUCCAAAGAACAUGAAGAUAGACAUGAAAUUAAAAGUGAGGUGAACAACGUGCAUAUUGGUUCAGCACUUCUUGAUGAGGAGUCAGAUAUGGGUCAGAAAUCUGUAUUUAAGAACUUUGAGGACAUUAUGAAAGACCCUGGUCCUAAAACAUCAUAUGAUGUUGCCAUAUUUGCUUCUGGUUCCUGGAAGAAGAUGAAAGGUGAAAACAAGUUGGAGACAAGAAACAGAAGAUCUGAAGGAGUUGCAGGUUCAGCUCCGCCUAGUCAGGAUAUCAAGGCAAUGGAUCAAAAUAGCGAUUCUGAUUCAGAUGAAGAGAUGGUGGAUGGAAUUCAUUCUGUUGGAGCGAAAGUUGAUUAUGAACUUCCAUCUCAAGCUGAUCUUAUACACAGUGCAUUUGCUGGUGAUGACGUGGAAGCGGAAUUCGAAAAGGACAAACUGGGGGCACUUAAUGAGGAAAAUCCUGAACCUGAGAAACCAGUUUUGCUCCCUGGAUGGGGUCAAUGGACUAAUGUCCAACAAAAGAGAGGACCUCCAUCUUGGAUGCUAGAAGAACAUGAAAAGGCUAAAAGGAAGAGGGAAGAUGCUCUCAAAAAGAGGAAGGAUUCUAAUCUUAAGCAUGUCAUUAUAUCAGAGAAGAUUGAUAAAAAGGCCGAGAAACUUCAUGCAAAUACCCUACCCUUCCCAUAUAGAUCGAAAGAAGUAUACGAGCAGAGCAUUAGGAUGCCACUUGGACCAGAGUAUAACCCUGCAAUAUCAGUCAAUGCGCUUAAUCGUCCAGCAGUGGUCAAAAAAGCUGGGACAAUCAUCAAGCCGAUUAAGUAUGAGGAGGUGGAACCUUAUGGUAAAUCCGAGGAACCCAAUCACGGUAAUCAAAAGCCAAAAGCAAAGAAAGCUAAGGUUGCCGGAGGGAAAUCUAACAAGAAGGCCUGAAUCUGGAGAAAGAAAUUAUAUUUUUGAUCAACUUUUGCUGCUCUCAUAUUUUGCAGCUAAUGAAUCAACACAAAAUUCCAUGAUGUGAGAUUGUAGAAUGGUAGCGCUGCUUUUUGUUGCUUUUAGUUUCCGCGCUGGGUCAUUUUGAUGUUUAAUCAUAGCAUAGUUCAGCUGCUUUACAAUGUAUGAGUUUGUGUAAUUUAUUAAUCUUUUUUGCAUGGUAAGAUACCUGAUCAUUUGACGAAGCAUUCACGCUGUGUAUCUAUUUGUUUUUGUUAAUGAGAAGGAAAUUUUGCGUUCAUUUAA